AUGUAUGACAGCCUGAUCUCACAGGCUACGGCUUUCUGGUCAGACAUCGUGUCGACUUACUCCCCACAGCGAAUUGAAUUCAUCGGAACGCUGCUUAUCCAAGUUGUUUCGUUCUGGCUCCCAUCGCUAUUCUAUCUAUCCUUGGACACACUUGCGCCGGCAUUUUCGCAAAAACACAAGAUCCAGCCCGCGCCUAAGCAGCCGACUCGUCGUGACAUCCUACAUUGUUUCUGGGUUGUCACCCAGAAUCAAAUUCUCUCCAGCGUCUUGCAUAUUUCGCUCAUUAAUGUCUCCUCUCAUUUCGGAUCAAAGCCAUCUUACCGAGUCGAAGCAGCCCUGCCACCUGUCCUCGAAUUCGCUCGGGAUUUCAUCCUCAGUCUCCUUAUGCGCGAAGCACUAUUUUAUUACAGCCAUCGUCUCCUGCAUGUUCCAUAUCUCUAUAAAUUGAUUCACAAAAAGCAUCAUCGAUUUACGGCUCCCAUCGCCUUGGCAGCCCAAUAUGCCCAUCCGAUUGAACAGAUCUUCGCCAAUGCGUUACCAAUCUCUCUGCCCCCGCAGAUCUUGCAUAGCCAUGUGCUGACAUUCUGGUCAUUCCUUGCUUAUGAGCUUUUCAAUACUGCAACUGUGCAUAGCGGGUAUGAUUUCUUUCACAACAAGGCUCUCGAUCAUGAUCUUCAUCAUGCAAAGUUCAAUCUGAAUUAUGGAUCGAUCGGGCUUUUCGAUUGGAUCCACCAGACGAAUAAGUUGGGCAAGCGGCACUCGGAAUAG